AUGAUCCUCUUAGAGCGUGGGGAAGGAGAAACCAUGCAAGAACUGCUAUCGCGAGGGGAGCUAGCAGACGAACCAGUUCGUCUCGCCGUUCUCAAGCAGCUUCUGGAAGCUGUCACCAAGUUCGAUAGGUAUUCAAAGAUUCGUAGCAUAAGCAACGGCGCUAUGUUUCCUCCGGGGAAUAUUUUUGUCAACAGCAAGAACGAGAGUAUGAAGUUAAUCAGUUUUAAGGAUGUCGAGUUAUUGGGCUACUUCGAGGGAUUUUAA